AAGCAGUGACGACUGGUCAAAAUCGAGUUCACUCAGUUUUUAGCUUUUCCACUGAUCGGGAUGUCUACAGAUAUUCAAGCUGAAUCAGAUUUGAGGGUGAAAUAUAUCAGAGGAGUUCAAGAGGACAGAAGACAGAGAGAGAAAAACGAGGUGGAGAUGUUUGAGGACGGAGAGCAGCAGACUGGCGUUUGGUUACAAACAGCUGAACGCCACACUGAGAAGAACCUUCCAGCUGUCAGUAGAAGCUGGUCCAGAGCUUUUACAGUGUCUCUGGGAGUGCUGUGUCUGCUGACAUUGACUGGGAUCAUCACACGCUAUAUUUUAGUCACUUUAGAAAAAGACCAGCUGGAGACCAGACACAACAACCUGAGCGUCAGUUACAACCAGCUCCAAGGAGAACUCUUACGAAUGAAAGCAGUCAACUUCACUCAGUUACAGGAUGGAGUAAAGAAGCUGAAUCAAAUAAUCGAAGUGAAAUGCUGUCCUGAAGGAUGGAAGAGAUUUGGAUGCAGUUGUUACUUUAAAUCCACUGAGAUGAAAAGUUGGGAUGACAGCAGGAAAGACUGUCAGGACAGAGGAGCUGAUCUGGUGAUCAUAAACAGCAGAGAGGAACAGGAGUUUGUCACAAAGCUGAACAACAAUGGAGAGUCCUGGAUUGGUCUAAGAUCAACGACGAAAAACCGAGGAUACACAUGGGAAUGGGUGGACGGAUCACCACUGACACAAACGUUUGGAGCGACAGAACAGCUGAAACAUCAAGCAGACUGGAAAUAUGUAGCAUUCUGUGAUCAACAAGGAAAAUGGAGAGGAUUUCAUGAUUCAAGUCAUAGUUACAUUCACAAAAACUGGAUCUGUGAGAAAUAGAUUUCCUGCUUUCACUGAAGGCAGAGGCGUGUGUGGUGUUGGGAUUAAGUGGUUUCUCAAAUCAGACGAAAGACAGCUAUUCUUUAUAAUGAAAGUUAAUUUCAGGUUUUCCUUAUUUAGAUUUACUUGGUUCAUUAAUGAGUCUGUUUCUGCUAAAACUACUCUGUGUGUCUUCUUUAUUUUCUCUGGUUCUCCUGGAGUUAGCAGCUGCUUGUUUUUACCUACCUGUGAGGACCUUCACCAGGAAUGUAAAACACCAGCGAAGCUAGUCCUGCUAAUUGUGA